AUGCCUACAUCCAUGAAAGAAGAAAUUCCGACUAAAACCCGGAAUAGAAACCACGUUGAAAGACAAAGCCCUGAAGAAAAUCAUUUGAAUGAUGUACCUAAGGUUUAUGAACAGGUGGAAGAAUAUAGCUCUUUGCGCACUCGCAUCCAGCAGUUACAACAAUCAAUCCAGAAGAAUGAAGCGAAUGCCAAAGAGAACUUGAUUUUAUUCCCAGAUUUCGUUCGUCAUAUAGUUCGCAUAUGUCGUGCUGUUCGCAAUCCAGGUGGUCACAUGCUUUUAGCUGGGCCUUAUGGUUGUGGUAAACGGUCGGUAGCUAAACUGAGCUGCCUUAUCUCGGGCUAUGAGGUUGUGGAAGUCUCUAGUUCCAGUGAUUUCAAGUAUCCAAACUUUGUUGAAAAACUGAAAACUGCUCAUCGUAAUGCUGGAUUAAAAAAUACUGGGACUGUCCUACUUCUUGCAAUCAAUGCUGUUCUGAAUGAUACAAAAAUUAAUGAUAAGUGUAAAACAUCCAAAGACUCACCGACUGAAUUAAUCAGUGCAAUUCUGCAGAAUGGAUUUAUCCCUAACCUAAUUGGAAGAGCUGAACUGGAAGAGUUUAUUUGUCAUGAAAAUAAUAUUUCCUCAGAUUUGCAUGAUAAAAUUGAACAGCGAAUGGGAGAAUUACUCAAGUGCUAUGAGUCAAGAGUAAAAUACAACCUACACGUUAUUCUCUGUUAUUGUUCUGAGAGCGAUAAAUCCAUUCACAGACUGCCAAAUAUUUCUAAAUUGAUAACUUAUACCACAAUAGAUUGGUUCUACAACUGGUCUCCGGAGGCAUACAUAAGUAUAGCAGAACACAUGUUUCACAACAGUGAGUUUUCAUUUGAACAUAAUGUUGCUGAAGUUGUUAUGAAUGUGCAUAUGAGCGCUUCAAAGCUUUGCUCGGAUUACUGGAUUUGUCUUCAUAGAAGCGUUCGCUUUUACCCUACAUCUUACAUAUUUUAUCUUAAGCAGAUACGAAGAAUGCAUUCUAUGCGACACAGCGAAAUCAUGAAACAAAAUAAUCAUUUGAGCAAAAGUUUGCAAAAGAUUAACAAUAUUAAAUCUAGUGUUAACAAUCUUAAAACAACUUUGACGAACAACAGAAACCAAAUGCAUAAAGUAGAAAAACAGAUCACUAAGUUGUACGAGGUUUUAAUAAGGCAGAAGCAAACUGUUGAAAAUGCACACCAUCAUUCAGAUGAAGUGGUUACUCAGUUAAAACAAAUAAAGCAGACUAUCACAGAACAACAAAAGGCAAAAGCCAUUCAAGAAAACUGUGUCACACCUGUGUUAACACGGUUAAACAACUCUCUUAAAAACAUUCGAUAUACGGACAUCCGAUUACUGCGUAAAUUCCAAGGACCUCCAAACUUACUUAUGCGAGUUAUAGACUGUCUAUUGAUACUUCUAAACUAUCCCUUAGAUAAAAUUCGCGCUGAUAAACAGCGUGGAAUCUUUAUGCCAAAUUCAUGGAAACGUUCAAAAAAGCUCAUAAUGAAGCCGAAUUUCUUAAAUCUAUUAAGAGAUUAUCCACUGAGAAGAUUAAACCAGGAACAUUUGGAUCUACUGGAAGCUUAUACAAUGCAAAACGAUUUUAAUACUCUAACGCUUAGAAAAAUCUGCGGAGGCUUAUCCGGACUGCUUACAUGGGUUUUGAGUGUUUGUGAAUAUUUUUCGCUUGCCAAGAAACAAAUAAUUCCAUUAGAAGAAAACAUAUCUGACUUAAAAAGGACAUAUUUUCCUAUUAAAAGAAAGAGGUUGUAUGCUGAUAUGGUUUUGCAGGACAAUAUGGAACUAGCCAACGCCCUACAAGAAAAAUAUGAAAAUUUAUUAAGAAGAAAGUUGAGUUUAGAGCAAGAGUCUCAACGCCUUUCAAACAGAAUUUCAAUGUACCAUCAGUUUACAGAGGAUUUUAGUGAAGAUGUGAUAAAGUGGAGUAGUCAGAUUGCAAACUUAAAGCAGCAAAUCAUUUGGUUAUUGGGUGACUCAGUCUACCUUGCAGCUUUUCUGGUUUACUGUGGGCCUUUUAAUCGAGAGUACAGAAGUAAAUUACUGAACACUUGGAGCCACAUUCUUCUUAAAUACAGAAUACCACACCAGAACGAUUUAGACCUUAUUUCUACCUUUAUGAAUAGCGUUUCAGUGGACGAAUCGAUGUUAGAAGGACUGGUUAUGGAUGAUGUGUCUAUUCAAAAUGCUAUUAUUUUCGUCUUGUCGGAGCGUAUUCCUCUGGUUAUCGAUCCACAUGAACAAUGCUAUCAGUGGAUCAGUACAGUUCAUCGUAAUGCUUUGUCGACUACAACACCUGAUGAACUGACGUUUCGAAGCAUUCUGAAGGAUUCUGUCAACAAUGGCUGCACGCUGUACAUUAAAAAUAUUACUAGUUCUCUGGAUCCACUGUUGGCACUUCUAAUCGAUAGUAAUGAUAUAGACAGAGGUUAUGUCGAUAAGGAACAGCAACCCACUUAUUCCGACUUAAUGCAUACUAUACAUGAACAUAAAAGAAAAAGACAAGAGCUAUUCACAACAUUAAUGUAUCAGUUCUCCUCAGAUGAAGAUUCAUUACAUACAUAUUUAAAUCCAAUGAAUGUAUUAGAUGAAACCAAAAAAUCUAUUGAAAUCCAUGAGAAACAAUUGGAUCAGAUGACGAAGACAAAAGAAGAGAUUGAGAAAAAUUAUGAAGUGUUCAGAUCCAUUGCUUGUCAUGGUUCAUUAUUAUUUUUCCUUCUAUUAGAUUUAGCACUUCUCAAUAAAAUGUAUCAUUUCGGUGUUGGACAGUUUAUUACCUUGUUUAAAAGUGUUCUUCAGUCUUUAGAUGGUCAAAGCACAGAAAAUAAUGACGAAAACAAAAUGAGAGCAAUAAUACAGAAACUGACUUGGACGGUGUGGCGUUUUACACUGCAGAGUUUGUUUAAGAAGGAUCGAAUAAUUUUUACAUUUCUAUUAGCUCUCCGUCUGCAAAUUUAUCUGCAAGAUAUCGAACCAAACGAGGUACAUACACUUUUAAAGGCUGGGUCACUGUUAUGCGCAGGAGACUUUCCAUCAAAAGAUAUUGAAUGGAUACCACAGGCUAUCUGGAUUAAUUUAAUAAAUCUUUCUAAGUUGUCUGUCUUUAAAGAUAUUUUGCGGCAGGUUGCUUGCUCAGAACGACAGUGGUAUAAAUGGUUCAAUACACAAUAUCCAGAGGAUCAUCCAAUACCUGGAUUUUCAGAGUCGGAUUUGCGUCCAAUUCACCGACUGUUGUUAAUACGUUGUUGGCGACCAGAUCGUCUGCAUGCUGCGUCAAAACACUUUAUUGCAAAAGUUCUUGGAACUGAAUUUACUGAAGAUAUAGUUUUCAGUGUAAAAGAGAUAUACCAGCAGUCGACUUGCACAACUCCACUGCUAAAUAUACUACAGUCAACUGGAGAUACAACUUCGGAGAUUAAACAGUUAGCUGCUUCAAUGAAUGCUAAACUGCAUGUAAUACCAUCGGAUAAUGAUCGGAUUUUAGAGAUACAGCAAAUUAUAGACCAGGCUCAGUUUUCGGGUGACUGGGUCCUGUUACAAAACUGCCAUCUCAAUCUGAAAUAUAUGAAUAAUCUUAUCUGUUUGUUUAGCUCACUGUCGUUUACAGCAUCGGAUAAAAAUGCUACUUCGCAUGAUUUAAAAAUAACAAAUAAAAAUGGAAAAGAACUGAACAAAUUAUUUCGUUUGUGGCUCACCAGUGAGAUACAUGAAGAGUUUCCACUAUUAUUACUACAAAUGUCUCUCAAGUAUGCAAGUGAUCCACUGUCAGAGGACGGUUUGUGCACUGCUCUAUUAUGCACAUAUAAGCAGAUUAAGGAGAACAACUUAGACAAGUGUGGCGGCUGUGAAUGGAAUAAAAUGUUACAUGCACUAAGUCUUUUGCAUUAUACCAUCGUGAAGCGUCAACAGUAUGAGUUAUUUGGUUGGUCUAAACCAUAUGACUUCAGUUUCAACGAUUUUCGCUUUUCCCUGCAGUAUAUUCGGAAUCAUAUUGAACAGCUGCAACUGUCUGGAGACUCAAAAAGCUCUGAGAGUUUCAUUUGGAAAUAUAUGCAGUUUAUGGUUGCAGAAAUAGUUUAUGGUGGACAGAUAAGUGAAGAACAGGAUGCACGAGUAAUGAACACACUUGUCAAGAAAUUCCUCCAGCCAGAUAUGUUUUCAGACAGUUUCGAGCUGGCACCGAGUCGCAUAAUGCCAAGUCUUGAAAAAACAACAAAUUAUGAAACUUUUGUUACAAAUUUGUCAAAUCAAAAUUCAGUAGAAACACUUCACUUAAAUCCUAAUGCAGAAAUUGGCUACUUUGCUUCUGUUAGUUGGCGUAUCUUAGAAUCUGUUGAGAAAAUUGUUCUUAAAGACAGUGAUAUACAUAGGCAUCAUGAGAGUUCAGGUUGUUUAACUGAUUUAUAUGCUGACAACUCAACACGUUUUCUCAACACUACGGAAGGGAACUCAAUAAAAAGUCCUGACCUCAGUGAUGGCAACAAACUGGUUGACAGUUUAACGCAUAUCUGUUACCAACUUCAAUCUUGCAUUCCAGCAAUUCUAUCAACAAAAAAUUAUGAGCAAAAUGUUGACCCACUGGUAAUUUUUAUGCUAAGGGAAUGUAGCCAAAUGAAUAAGCUGAUUAAAUUAUUGUCAGAUGAUGUUCAAGAACUUUUAGACAUUUUGCAAGGUCAUAAAGUUAUGAACAAAUAUGCGGACAAAAUGUUAAAUGAGAUAUACGAAACAAAAGUACCUGAGAUAUGGAUAAAGAUGUCAUGGAAAUCUGUUGCACUGGCAUCAUGGUUCAGAGAACUUCUAGACCGUCAUAAUCAGUUAUCAACUUGGUUGUCGAGAGGAAAAUUAAACAGCUAUCGGAUGACUGGAUUUUUUAAUCCUCGAGGAUUUUUAAUAACAAUUAAACAAGAAGCUCUACACAAGCAUUUCCAAGAAUUAUCACUUAAUGAUUUAAAUUUGAGAUGUCAAGUGACUCAACUCUUUCUAGAGGAUGUGAAAGAAAAUCCAGCCAAAGGGAUAUACAUCCACGGUCUGUGUUUAAUUGGUGCAUCAUGGGAUAUUCAAAGUGGUUGUCUUGUUGAGGCCAAAUACAAACAACUGGGUCAUCUGUUGCCACUGAUACAUUUAACUGUUCACAAUGCAGAUGAUAAAGACGUCUCAAAUGUUAUUCACACAAUUCAGUCAACAAUAUCUUCUUCCUUAUCGAAGGGUUAUCUGACGAAAAGUAACUCAAUAAAAUCUGGAAUAAUAAAGAAAAAUAGCCAAGACAUCAAAGCAACUAACAGGAAAAUGGAGAUAGAAAAUGCUCAGUUUAUUACUCCGGUUUUCAAAACCACAAGUCGAUUGAACACUGACUAUAUCACUUCUUUGUCUUUAAAAUGCUCGAAAACACCAGACAACUGGAUUCUUCGGGGCGUUAUUAUUACUGGUGAUAUAAUGUAA